AUGGCGGCGCAUUCACGCGAACGCGAGGAAGCGCGCCGAGAAGUCGUUCGUGAGACACGGUAUUCGUUUCGGUGCGACAUGCUCGAUGAUGCUGAGACGAGCGGGGUUUUGAACGACGAACUCGUUGAGGCGUGGAACUCGCUUUUGCGAGAAAAUCAUAUUUCAAAAGACGACGAGACGGGAGAUGGCUUCGGCGCACGCGACGACGACGACGAGGACGGCGAUCGCGUUGAUUGCAUGGAUCUCGACGCGCGGUUCCGCGCGCACGUUGAUGCAUGUAAAACCGCGCUCGAGCCGAAGGAAUCGCUCGCAGCUCGGUUGAAGGCGCAUUUAGUUGCCGAAGUCGACGCGCGAUUCGACGAUGCGAUACACGAGCACAGACUCGAAAUCGGCAAAGCUCGACGACUGGCUGCAGAAGAAAGACUCACGCGCAAAAAUGCUGUCGAAGAAGUCAUUUCGAACACGAAAACGACCUUUGGCGAGACCUCGACGCGUCGAGACGCUUUGCGCUCGGAAGCUCUCGCCGCGACCGAUCGCUCAGCGGCGGCUGAAGACGCGGAUUUAUCUGCGCGAUCUCGGCGCGAAGCGGACGCGCGCCGCGCAUCUUUGAUAGAAAUCAAACUUCGGAACGCGAGUGAGGUGUCAGAACUUCGCGCUUGCUUAGAGCACCGCGUGAGUGAGGCCUUCUCCCGUCUCCAGUAUGCCAUCGCUCGAGCGCCUCUUCGAGCCGAACGGCUGCGAGACGCGAUGAAGCGGCGACGGGGUGACGAGGCGCGAAGGCGAGCGAGGGAACGCUUGGCGUCCAGAGCGAUGAAAGACACGCGCUUCGAGCUACAAGAAAUGAAGAGAUGCUAUACCGAGACGGAGCGAGCCAACGCCGGGCGGGACCGGAAACUACGACUGGCGACGCUGAAGACGACGUCUCGCGUCGGCUCGAUCGAGAGUAUCGGCGCGAAGUCGGAACGCGGCGAUAAGAUGAACGCGAUACUAUCGAUGAAACAAACGCGCAUCGCGAAUCUGCGUCGCGAGCUAGAUGCGGCAGAGGAAGAUGUGUGGCUUCGAGCGUUGGCAUGCAAUCGACCAGCGUUCGCUAAGGACGUUUCGCUCGAUGAAAAAUGUCGCGCCUUUGAAGCGCUAGAGCGAGCGCUUCGUUCGGAGACGCGACAGAUCGCGGCGUAA